AUGCCGUUCUGCACACCACUGUUGUACUGCACCGUUAUUAGCCUGUUUGUGGCUCGCCUGAGCACUCGUAACCGUAUCCGUGCCCUCCACGACGGGGCCUUCUCUGGCUUCGAGGGCUUGAUAAGUCUGGACCUGCAGCAGAACCGAAUCUCAGUGUUGGAGGAGGGUGUGUUCCUGGGCCUGACCCGCCUCGCCACCCUCCUGCUGCAGCACAACCGUCUGGGCACGCUCAGCGAGGAGGCGCUCAUCCCCAUGCCAGCCCUGCGCUACCUGCGUCUCCAUGACAACCCCUGGACUUGCCGCUGCACACUCGACAGUCUGGUUCGCACCCUGCAGGUGCCCAGCAACCAUAAUCUGGGGAACCACGGCAGGUGGGUGGGACUGGAACAUGUCACAGGGUUCAACAAAUGUGUCCCAUAUGACGUCAGUGAAUGCAGAAACCUACAGGAGCUGAACCUGUCAGAGUGUUUCAACAUUAAAGUGAGUAAUGGCCAGGUCUACUCACGGGAUGAGAUGGUGUGUAUGAUUCUAGAAGGCUGCCCCACUCUGCUCUACCUGAACCUGUCCUUCUCAUAUGUGGCCAACGGGACUCUCAGAGAGCUCUCCAGGAGCUGUCUGAACCUGCAGUUCCUGAGUCUAGCAUGCUGCCAUAGGUUCACUGAUAAAGGCUUACAGUACCUGGCCUCAGGGAAGGGCUGCCACAAGCUCAUCCACCUUGACCUCUCUGGCUGCACUCAGAUCUCAGUGGAAGGUUUCAGGUACAUAGCAGCGGGCUGCCCUCAGCUCCAGCAGAUAGUCUUCAAUGACCUGCCUACUCUGUCAGACAGCUGUGUGCUGGAGCUGGCCUCUAAGUGUCACUCUCUGUCUGCCAUCUCCCUAUGGGACACGCCCCAUCUCUCAGACUCCGCCUUCAAAGCCAUCGCUGAGGUGGCCAACCUCACCAAGUUCAGUGUUGAUGGUAACAGUCGUAUGUCAGACAUCAGUUGGAGGGCUCUGUGUCGUAGCUCUCCAGGCCUUACGAGACUCCAUGCUGCUGACUGCCCUAGAAUGACUGACUCCAGCCUAAAGUCUAUGGGCACCCUCAAAAACCUGGUCUACCUCAACAUCUCACACUGCAGCAGGGUGAGUGACAUGGGGCUGCGGUACCUGACUGAGGGGCCUUCUGCCUCUAAACUGAGGGAGCUGAAUCUGAGCAACUGCAGCCGCAUCAACGACUUAGCUAUCAUGAGGGUGGCUCAAAAGUGCAGUAAGCUGAACCACCUGAGUGUGUCUUACUGUGAUAACCUGUCUAAUUCUGGUCUGGAGUGGCUCAGUAGCUGUUCCUCUCUCCUCUCUCUGGACAUCAGUGGCUGCAACAUCAUGGACCAGGGGCUGAUUGCUCUAGGUGGGAACCCUGGCCUGAAGAAGCUGGUUGCCUCUGAGUGUUUAUGGAUCACUGACAUUGGCAUAGAGCAGAAGUUCUGCAGGCAGGCGAGAGGUCUGGAGUAUAUGGACGUGUCUCACUGUGUAGCUCUAUCUGACCAGGCCAUCAAGGCUCUGUCCUUCUACUGCAGGACUAUAGUCACAUUACGCAUGCCUGGCUGCCCAAAGAUGACAGACCUGGCGGUACAGUACCUGACAGUAGGGCGUCACUUCCUGAGAGAGCUGGAUGUGAGUGGCUGUGUUCUGCUGACCGAUCGCACACCACGCUUCCUACAGACAGGCUGCCCACAGCUCAACACCAUCAACAUGGUCUACUGCAGGGGAAUAUCCAAGCAGGCGGCUCUGAGGCUCCAGCCCUGUGUUGAGAAGUGGGAGCACAGUAACGAUGAUGCCCCCUACUGGUUCGGCUAUGACAGUCUUGGCCAGCUGCUACAGCCAAUCGGACGACCCGACAAGAUCCAGGACACCUGGGAGGAAGAGGAGCCAACACCAAGAAACAACAAAAAGAGGAAUUUGAUAAAGGCCUGUGGAGAGGACUAUGAAUACACAGCAUGA